GGUCCGAUUUAGACCUCGAAGAUCGCCCCAAACCCAUUCGUUUCGCUCUCCUAUCGUGCCCGUGCGGCUUCACUUGUCCAAAUCCGUGCCUAGUCGUGAUAUCUGGGUGUGAUGAUACUCUGUCGAAUCGAGAUCCCUUUAGCGCCAUACCAGAGAUAAGCCAUUUGAGGGUUGGAAACUGUCGUGAUUUUGGAAGACACCUCUUUGGAUUUUUGGAUACCCGGACACAGUUGGUUUUAUGAGAGCUCGCUUGGGCGCACGAUUGGAAGGACGAUAGUUGGUUUCUGUGGAAUUGUUUAGGUGGAGGAUUCAUAUACCGCCAAGAUGAUGUCCAGAAGCCAGUCGAGCUUGGGCUUCAUGGACGCCGGGAGGGAUGAUUCCUUUGCGUCAGGCGCUCAACCUGGACAUCAAGCGCCACCGUCCAAUUCGGGUCCCAUAAACCUGUCAGGUUUGGUGUGCAAUGUGCGCCGAACAACUGGCAGGGAACCGCAUCCGUUGGUCGGGGCCACCACGACUAUCCUGGGCGAUAAGCUUUACGUGUUCGGUGGUCGUGUCCUGUCUAAAAGUCGCCCGCAAUUGACGUCGGACAUAUACGAGCUGGACUUGAUCCGGCGUCACUGGACGAAGAUCGAGACCACCGGCGACAUCCCCCGUCCGCGGUACUUCCACAGUGUCUGCGCUCUGGGUGAUCAUAAGUUGGUGUGCUAUGGCGGCAUGUCGCCUGCACUGAACGUGUCAAAGGAGCCCGCCAGUAAUGGCUCAGGUGGACAGGAAGCACAGCCAGAAGUGGUGGUCAUGUCUGAUAUUCACAUUUUCGAUGUACCAUCUCGGACAUGGACCCGUGUCCCUGCCACAGACUCGCCUCAGGGACGUUAUGCACACUGCGCGACCAUUUUGCCUUCGAGUGCCCAUUUCACCUCAGCCACUGCUCCACUUUCUGCAAUUCACCACAACCCCGCGUCGUCAAAUCCGAACCAGGGAUCGAUCGGGGUGGAUAUCGACGGAUUUGGAGGGGCGGAAAUGGUGGUUGUAGGAGGGCAAGAUAGCUCCAACCACUAUAUCGAACAGAUUAGCGUGUUUAACCUACGUAGCCUGAAGUGGACCAGUACCACUCACCUGGGGCGAAGCUGCGGUGCCUAUCGGAGUGUGGUUGCUCCCUUGGUAGGCAUGAAUGUUUCCGACAUCGGGUCUGCCGCAGACGAUGGUGAGGCGCAGGAGCCGUUAGAAGAAGAUUCGCAGGUCGAGGGCUGUCCGAUGUUGGUCUAUUCUAACUACAACUUCCUGGAUGUGAAGCUGGAGCUUCAGGUGCGCCUCCCCGAUGGUCGCCUGAUCGAGAAGCCCAUGCAGAGCCAGGCGUCGCCUCCUGGCUUGAGGUUCCCCAACGGAGGAGUCAUCAAUGGCCAUUUCGUCGUGAGCGGAACCUACCUGACUUCGUCGAAGCAAGAAUACGCGCUCUGGGCCCUCGACCUGAGAACCCUUACCUGGGGUCGCAUUGAUGCCGGCGGCUCUGUGUUCGGACAUGGCAGUUGGAACCGUGGAAUUCUGUGGCCGAGAAGGAACACCUUUGUUAUUCUGGGUCACCGGAAGCGCAGCUUGGUCGAGGACUACAACCAUCGUCGCAUCAACUUCUCCCAUGUGUGUAUGGUCGAGCUGGAAGCGUUUGGGCUCUACAACAAUGCGUGCCGGACCACGCCCACAUCGGGAUACAUCUCAUACAGCGCCCCGGCAGUCCCUGCAUCAAUGCAGCACAAAUUAACCAAAUUAACCUCGGGCGGACGGCCGUUUACCUCCGCGUCCGACGAACUAGGCAGACUCGCCCAGUCUCUGCCUGAAAUGGCCGAUAUGGAACUACAGGCGGUUGGAGGCGAGCGCAUCCCUGUGAACUCACGCAUUCUGACUCGCAGAUGGGGCCCUUACUUUAUCCAGCUUCUGCGCGAGUCCUGUGAUAGCGGGAUCGCCGAGACUGCAACAUUACGUCCAGCGGUUGCCAUGUAUCCCAGUCGCAACUCGAGCAUCACGAUCACCCCGUCACUGGGGCAAAACAGCAAUUAUUCCAAUUCCAGCACUCUUGUCAGCAACCGCUCAGUCACCUCAAAGUCCUUGUUAGCGAACCUUGAGAUACCCUCUGCGCAUAGCCUUUCCCCUACCUCUCGUCCUCGUGUGCUUUACCUCCCCCAUACCGUCCUCACUCUUCAAGUCCUCGUCUACUAUUUCUACACCUCGUCUCUCCCCCCCGCCGGCUCACCCCUCUGUACUCCGCAAAUCCUCUGCUCCCUCCUCCAACUCGCCCGCCCCUACCAAGUCGACGGCCUCCUCGAAGCCACCGUCGAGCGCCUCCACCAAGUUCUCGACGGAAGAAACGCCGCUGCCGUCUUCAACGCCGCUGCGAUGGCCGCCGGCGGUGGCCGAGGCACCGGCUUCACAAGUGGCCCCGGCGGCACCCUGGAAGCGCUGAACGGCGCCCACGCCGGCAACGAAUCCUCCGGUACCGGAACCACCACCUCCCAGAGCCACCUCACAUCCGAUUCCUCCGACACCGAACACGGCACCUCCGCCCUCUCCGUGGCCAGCAGCGCCAGCGGCGUGAUGGGCUCACGCGGCAUCCCCCUUCGCAUCAACACCAACAUCUUCAGCCGCCGGCACCGCAGCAACGCCGGCGUAGACCGCGACCGUGAAGACUCUAUGAGCAAUGCCAGUGUUUCCACCUCCGCCUCCACCAACACCAGCUUCGACCACUCCGACUCCGAAAUGGGCGGCGACCCCACCCGUCCGUCCCACCACCGCCGCAACACGGACGCAGAAUUUCGUCCCGAACGCGAGAUCUGGACCGGCGACCUCAGCAGUGUCAUCGGUCUUCAGAAGCGCGGUCUCCGCGGUCUCAUGGAAGGUCGUCGUCUCCGGGAACGCAACACCAAACCUGCUGGCGCAGCGGAUCAUGUUGCAACUGCUACUGCUGCUGCUGCUCCACCGCCUGGUGCGUAGAUUUCUCAAAGCCAUAUACAUCCAUGUACAGUUUCAGUCGCGGGAAUGGAAGGAACAGGAGAAAGAGAAAGAGGGGAAGAGGAAAGGGAGAAUAAUGAUGAACGAUGAACGAUGAUGUGAUA